ACAUUUUUCAUUAUUUAUCUAAUAACAGUAAGAAUAGAGAGUGGAGGCUGGAGCGGACGUGUGUGUUAAGGUUGGCAUAGCGUGAGUAUGUUAGUCCUAAAGAUGGCGGCAUGUCAUCAGUGCUGUGCUGUGCUGGGAGUCUGAACAUCACAAGACUGAAGAAUAACAUCAACAAAACAGCAGCCAAGCCAAAUUUCAUUAGUGUAGACGACCACAAGUUACCACUAACAAAUCAAGCCUACCUAGAUGUAGCAUUCUAUAAGCAACCUUUGCAAGCCAACCCAAAGAAGCACAACUGCCAACAAGUUACGGUAGAAGGAAACUACUGUAACUCUUGUCAAGUAUCAAACCCAAGCCUGGCCUGCACUACAGUAUUGGCGCACCAAAGCACGGCACAAGCAACUGAGUGACAUCUGAGGACCACCACCCCCAUACAAGCCAGUUAUCACCGCCAAACCACUAUAAAGUCUUCUCUUACACAGCCUGGCACAAAAACGUGCUUUUUUUUUUCAAACGCCGCCCCCUUUAUUUAUUGAGCAUUUUGUAAACCAGUCUCGUCGCAAGAAUCUUUGUCAAGUUGAAUCUUUUUGACCAAAGUCUUCGUGUUUUUUGAUGUAUCGUUUAUCCUGAAAGUCUGUGUUUUCUGGUCAAGUAAAAAUUUUUAUUUUUUUAUUUUUAUUUAUUUAUUUUUUUCCUUUGUCUAGUGAUGUGGCUAUGUGAAAUAAUUUUGGACCAUUAAAGUUUGUUUUCUGUGAAUCUGAAAAUACUCCUCAUCUUGUGCUCUUAAACUUAACGUGAAUCAAAGCAGCAACAGAAAAAAUCUUUUAGUCAAGUGUCCCAUGUAAUGUUUUGUCUGUGAAGCAAUUUAUGUAAUCCUUGUUCCUACAAAGAAGUGUGAAUAAACGGGAUCUAAGAUAUUCUAAGUGUUAAUAAGAAGUAACAAAAGCAACAACCAUGGAUCCUCAGUGGAAUCUAUUCCAGCCGCCAAUCUCUGAAUCAGCAGUACUGGAAUACAACGGGGGUAGCCUACCACACCAUAGUCGAUACAACGGUUAUUAUGAUUCUCCACUCUCCAACCACCAACAGUCUCGCAACAAUAUGGCUCCACUCUCACCAAGCUUUAUAUGUCCCACCCCGCAACACAAUGUAUUUUCAUCCCACAUGAAUAACCACCAGUCAAAUCAGCAAUCCAGUCAGUCUGUGCAUCAGUCCAGCCACCAGUCAAAUCAUCAGCCCAAUAAUCAUUCAACACAGCAUUCUCAGCAACAUUCACAGCAGCAGCAACAUUCACAGCAGCAGCAACAACAGCAGCAGCAGCAGCAGCAGCAGCAGCAGCAGCAGCAGCAACAACAGCAACAGCAAUCUCCAUCUCAGGGCCCUCCACACUCCCCGCAGUUGUCUAGUACAUCAUCCAAUUACUAUAGCUCUAACUCAAGCUCCCAGUACACUCCUCCUGUCGCAGACUUCAAGAUUGGGACCUUCACCCUUAAUGCCAAUGGCUUUCCAUCAGAAUCAAAUGGCCAGGAGACCACAAACUCGUACUCUCACAGUAAUGGAAUAUCAAGUAACAAUAGCCAGAGUGUACGAGAGACAGGAAUCAUUGAGAAACUGCUGCAAACUUAUGGGUUCAUUCAGUGCUGUGAAAGGCAGGCAAGACUCUUUUUUCACUUUUCGCAAUUUGAUGGCAACACAGAGCAUCUCCGCAUUGGUGACCCAGUAGAAUUUGAGGUGACCUUUGAUCGUCGGACAGGCAAACCUAUUGCAUCAGCAGUCACCAAAAUUUCUCCAGAAGUGGUACUAAGUGAGGAGAGAGUCAUUGGCAUUGUUACAACUGAGCUUCGCAGUGAGUCUGGAGGUGAACACCAAGGAAGGAUCACUUAUGAGAAUCGUGGCGAAUGUUUUUUCCUUCCUUAUGGCAAAGAUGAUGUUGAGGGUUAUGUAACUCUUAAACCAGGAGAUAAAGUUAGUUUCCAGAUUGCAACCAACCAAAGCAGGACAGGCAACCUAGCGGCCCGCCAUGUGCGUUUAGAGAAUCCUGCACAGCCUGUCAAAUAUCAAGGAGUAGUGAGCACCAUCAAAGACUCGUACGGAUUCAUCGAGAGGGCAGACGUUGUGGACGAAAUCUUCUUCCACUUCUCCGAGGCCAAAAACAUCCCCGGAGGACUGAAGUUGGGCGACGAUGUUGAGUUCUUCAUCCAGACGCGGAACGGCAAGGAAGUGGCAACCAACAUGGUGAAGCUGAAUCCUGGAACAGUGGUAUUUGAGGACAUUAACCAGGAGUUAAUAAGGGGUCAGGUGCUGAAGCCAGUGGAGAGGAACCCCAGACACAACCAAAAGGAUCCACUGACUGGUCGCAUACGCUACAGGGGCAAGGAUCGCUCAGAGGUGGAAGUAAAGUUUGGGGAACGAGAUCAGAAAGGAGAUUUCACAUUGCGUCACGGAGAUUGGGUGCAGUUCAACAUAGCUACUGACCGUCGUGACCACUUGCAGAAGGCUACUAACAUCUCUCUUUUGGAUGACAGCUUUAAUGUUUCUGGUGAGAAACGAGAGCAUGGUGUCAUCGCUGCCCUGAAGGAUGGCUUUGGUUUCAUUAAGUGUGCUGAUCGUGACGCUCGUUUGUUUUUCCACUACAACGAACUGCUGGACCCGGAGCAUGAGAUUGCCGUUAAUGAUGAAGUUAUGUUCACUGUGGCUCAGGACAUAACAAAUCAGUCUCCUAACCGUCAGAGCGCAAUUCGCAUUCACCGAGUAAAUUCGGGAACAGUCAAGUUUGAAGUGCUAGUCACCGAGGGUCUUACUGGUCGGGUAGUGGUCGAGCCCCCAGCCAGCCCUAGGAGCCCAACCAAGAGUAACGGGCAGUCACCUUCUCCUGAGAAACCAGAGGAGCCUGGGUAUAUCUCGUAUUUACAGGAUGGAGUGAAACAGAAUAUCAAGUAUUAUGAUAAAAACUGUGAUAGACCCCCACAAAUGGGGGAUAGGGUGGGGUUCAACAUUUACCAAGUUAAACGCACCAAAGAGCUCAUAGCCAUGGGGGUGCGAAUAGUGCGUUGCCAUACUGACCUGCCACAGAUCAACAAUCUCAUUCCUAUUGUGGUGAGGCCUUCAACCGCCGUCCUGCCAACCAGUCCAAGCUCGACAAGCAACAGCAGCACUUUCAACAUUGUCACCAGUAGCAAUAAUGACAGCAGUAACAGUAGCAGCAGUAACAACAUAAGCAGCAGCCAAAAGAACAUCAUAAGUAGCAGCAGCAGCACCACCACCACCAACGCCACUACCACCAACGCCACUACCACCAACGCCACUACCACCAACGCCACUACCACCAACACCACUACCACCAACACCACUACUGCUACCACCAGUAGUAAUAUGAACGGCAGUACCUCCUCAGGGCGUCCAUCUGCAACACUGCAUCAAGGCUUUGUUGCAGCUCUAAAAGAUACAUUUGGCUUCAUUGAGACUAUUGCCCAUGACAAGGAGAUAUUCUUCCACUUCAGCAAUGUGGAAGGAGAUGCUGCCAGUUUUGAGUUAGGUCAAGAGGUAGAGUACACCCUGUCAUCACGCACGGGCCCUGGAGGAAAAGUAUCAGCAGAGAAUGUUCGCAUGCUCACUAAGGGGACACUGCCUAUGCCUAAGGUCAUGGCCGAAAUCUUUGAAGGAACAGUCCUACGCUCCAUGCGGUCCAUUAACCCAGACCAGCAAGAGUAUUGUGGUCUUGUGUGUGUUGGUAAUGAAAGUGAUGGAUUGCCCCAGUACGAAUUUGGCAUCACAGGCAUCGUAAAUAAACGUGAACUCCUACAACCAGGAGAUCAAGUCACCUUUCAGUUGGAUGAGUCUCGUCGUGCUGUUGUUAUCCGAGCCAUCCGCAAGAAGCUGAUUGCCACAGUUGAUGCUGUUAAAGGUCAGUAUGGGUUCCUCAACUAUGAAACAGAAGAAGGGAAAAAACUGUUCUUCCACCAGUCAGAAGUGAAGGAUGGCAACUCCCUGAGCCCAGGUGACGAGGUGGAGUUUGUCAUCAUCACCAAUCAGAAGACUGGAAAAUCUUCAGCUUGCAGCAUCUCUCGCAUCAUGUCCAAGAAUACUCCAACUCAGCGGCCUGAUCGCCUCAUAAGUCGGUUGAAGAAUUUGAACUGUGACACCAGUAAGCCACGCAUGACUGUUUUGCGUCAACCAAAAGGUCCUGAUGGCACCAAGGGAUUCAAAUUACAACGCACAAUAUCCGAGUCUGAACCCAUUGAAGAGCCUUAACUGGUUUUAUGAUGGGCCCUAACUGUGCCCCUUGCAACCCCCUCCUAAAAAAAAAAUAAUAAUAAUUAAAAAAAUAAAAAUAAAAAAUAAAAAGCAGAAUGGAAUCAAACAUUUGGUACAAUAAUUAAUUCUCUCACUUUUCAAUGGAGUUUUAAUUUGUUUGAAAUUUAAUAUGGAACCAUUUGUAGAGUAUAUAUUUUUUAUUUUUCAAUGAGUUUAAAUGCAUUCCAUUCAAAGCUUUUUUACAGAUAACUAUGCAGUAAGAAAUUGCAUAUAUAUCUCUCUCUCUCUCCUUUUUUCUUUCUCUCUUCUCUUUUUCCUCUUCUCUCUCUCUCUCAAGUGAUUGUUGAAGUUACAAAGAACAUUGCCUAAACUAAUGGCAGCAGUGUUGGAGCUUAACAGAGAAGUGUAGAGUUGUCGAAGAGGAUAAGAGCAAAAGGGUAAGAUAUAUUAUGUAUCGAGGAGUAAAUAAAUAGUUGUGGUGUUGUUGGUGAUGGGGCACAAAGAGGUAAUGGAAAGCCUCGUUGUAACCCAGUAUUGCUGAAACUGUUGGAGUGAGUAUAACGAAUGUGUUCGCAACAAGUUUUCCUACGAGAGGCCACUUAGGGUGAUAAAAAUUUUCCCUCCCUUGCUUUUGUUGCUUGCCCAGCAUCUUUAUGUAGUUUAGUGAUGCUUAAUUCUAGACUAGGUCGUCAUACUUUGCAAACUGUAACUAAUGUUUGUCUCCCGGAUGAAUGAGUGGCAUCAAGGAGUGAUUGUUAUGUGAACAUCUGUUGUAUAACUUGACCUAAACUGUCACAACUUUGAGCUUAACAAAUCCCAUUUUCAUUGUAGAAGUAGCCAACAUUUUAUGAGUGCAGAACAACCUCCAGAUGAUAUAUGACUGUGUAUAUGGCUUAUCAAAAUUUCUUAAUCUGAUCUUCAUUGAUGAAUGUAAGCACUACUUAACCACCUUGCUUAAGAUUUCAGUGUUUUAUUAAUUAAUUGUAGUGUAGAAAGAUUUAAGCAGUCAUCAGAAGUGUACAGGUGUGGCAAUCUUGUUGUCCCUGGAUAUUUUCGUCGACUUUCUGCCAACAAUUGUAUGAUGGCUUAUUAAGAGGCGACCAGCUUUGAACAGAACUGUUAGCACCUUCAUUCAGUUGUAAGAGAUCUUAUUAGACCCACAAUGUGGCAAGAAGGCAUGUUAAUACUUUGUGGGAUUCUAGAACAAAGUUUUAUCUCCACCCCUUUUACUUAUAUUUUAGUCCUAUAAACCUACUCAUUAAAGGACUUACUAUGCACCAUUCUAAUUUAAUCUUAAGUCUUAAUUAGAUGUAUAAAUAAUUUACUUGGUUAGCAUGAGGCAAGGUAAUCCAGUAGUAGCUAAACUUAUACUGUACCUGAAAAGUUUCAUUCCUGCAUAGUAGCAAGUGAUGUUAAAUAAUACUUUUAUUCAGCUGCAACACAAUUAGCCUUCAGCAGCCUGUAACAAGGCACUACUAGGGGGUGGUAACUUUAUUCUAGGUUUAAUCACAUGUAAUACUGCAUGUAUUGAAAGGUAGUGUAGAGCCUGUGGAAGGAGCUAAUCAGUCAAGUGAUACCAAUAUAUCCAAGGAUAACUAGAUACUCUUUGAAAGGUGACUAGGGCAGCAGUUUUGAGCUCUUUUUUUGUUUGUUUUUUUUACUUCAGGAAGGCUUCAUGUAUAACUAUAACCUUUGAACAGCUAUUGCAACAAAUAUGAAUUCAUAGAAUGGAAUUAGAAUGUGUUCCAUGAUUCAGUUAAUGUAUUUAGUAGUUAAAGUGAUAUCGUUGUUCCAGAAUGGUAGUAUUAACUCCCUCUGUAUGGCAGCUCCAUUUCAAAAGAUUCUGGACUAACUUCUUCAUAUUUUAAUGCACACAUUCAGUAAUUGAUUCUUCAGAUCCUUUGCUGUUUAUCAUGACACUGGGGAGAAUAUUGUAGGAUAAACAAAAUAUACGAAAUUGUUUAAAGGUUAGAGAGACUCAGAGCUGCUGUUCUUUCAUCUAGGAAAAUGAUGAUGAACUGCAAAUGAGUUUCCAUAAUUAUACCUCAACUAUAAGGCUGUGUUCAAGUCUGUGAUCCCACGCAACUAAGAGGGAUAAAUACGCAAAAUAGACGUAUUUAUACAAAAUGCACUUGAAGGUACUGUUGUGUUGACCAUGUUUAACCUUAUGUGACACCAUAUAAGUAUAUGCCCUAUGACUUCAUACUACUAGUUCUUUACAGUUCACAUGGCCUGCCCCCCAAGCAUAUACCAUUUAACUACUUUUUAGACUGGUCAGUGUGUGAAUGUCUGUGGCCCAUUUUGAUACUGAUACUUGCAGGUUAUUGGCAGCAGGAGCCUUGAAACCUAAGCAGAUUUUUCUUCCUGCCCCCAUUGACCUUAAUUUUCAGCUUGUGUGGAGAAUGGAUUGUAGUCUUUUUGCUAGAUGGCUCUCAGAAUUCAAUGCCAAUUAAAACUGACUGAUCAUAACUAAUGCAUUACUGGAGCCCAUAAUAUCAGUUUUGAUAACAAUAAUUGUAUACACGAGACCUAAAGAGCACUUUUAAUAAUUAUUAUUAUUAUUAUUACUGGAACCUGUAAGAUUGUUCUACGGUGUUGUUACUAAUCUUCAUCUUGACCUACUGUAUAGUGACAUAUUUCAUUUGUCAUACUCAGGCAGUUGGAUACUAAAGAAAGAUGGGAAUUAAAGACACGUAUGCAUAAUUUGAGUAUUAGGUAAUAUAAUUAAGGAAUUGCUAUAGAUUUAUCAGUGCUGAAGACGGUAAUGGAUGAUUUUGACGUAAUCUCAAAGAUAAAUGGUCUUGUGCCUACCUGAUUAUACUGUAUAACCCCUGAGGAUGGCUCAUUAUCUCGAGUAUUAUUCCAAACCUUAGUCUCUGCUUACCUAUUAUAACAAUGGCCUAUAUAUAUAUAUAUAUAUAUAUAUAUAUAUAUAUAUAUAUAUAUAUAUAUAUAUAUAUAUAUAUAUAUAUAUAUAUAUAUAUAUAUAUAUAUAUAUUGCUCAUUAAUUAGUUUGACUGAUAAGUUGUUGCUUGGUUGUAGUGAACCUGAGAUUAUGACCCAUCUACGGGAAAACUGGGUUAUUUUCCUGUAGUGACUCGUAUACUACAUCUCAUCUGCCCUGAGUAAAUUGUGUGCAAUGGUGGAAAGAUUUUUUAUUUUAUUUUUUUUGAGCAAUCAAGUAUAAGUAAUAGAAAUCAAAUUUUUGAAAAUGAACUUGAACCAAUUUUUAUUUUAUUUGUCCUUGUAAUAGUAAUUUAUUAUAUUUGACAAAACAGCCAAGAUUGACAUGUAUGGUAAACUAAAGAGUGUCAUGUCCAAUAAAACUCACUGUGUCUUCUUAAUUGUGCCAUGAAUAUACUCCUAAUACUAUAAAACCAUUUAAAAGAUAAUGCUGUAAGUUAGAAUGCAAACACCCUCUUACCCCAGAGUAUGAAAAUAUUCCUUGUUGCCUAGGUAUGUACACUUUGCAAUCAUGAAUAUUUUUCAUUGUUUUUAAUUUUAUUAUUUUCAAACUUUGUGCCCUUAUUGGCAUGUGCAAACAUUCAUAUCUGCUCUAAAUAAUCUGCAGGCAUGAAUAUUUGCAGAGUGGGUAGUGAGCAGUGAAGAUUCAUGACAGUAGCUUGAAACUUUCCCAUAGUGGAAACUUCACAUAUGCUGAGUAGCCUUACUACAUGCAUAUCAGGUAAAUUUAUUAUGCGUACAAGGAUGCACCUUCUGGUCCUAAAAAUAUGGGGAAGCUUUGGACCAAUGUUGUGUACUUUUUUCGUAUAUUACUUAUUUGAAUUAUUCCUGGUUUUAUUACAGUACUAUUAAAAGAAUUUUACUUAGCGAGUCACUCCCUGUAGCUGUCCAACUUUGUAUCUACUAGCCAUGACUACAUCUCCCCAUGUGUUACUUUCUUUAAAUUGUACAUCUUGCAUAAGUGGCGGUACAAAAAGCUUUUCAAGAAUUACUCCUCCUGGGAAGAGAGGUGUAACUAUAGCUGUGUUGGCUGAUUUUGUGAUGGUCAUCCUCUGUACACAAAUUUUUCUUCUCACCUCAAUUUUGUUUUUCAUGUGGCAUUUUAUUAUGAUAUUGUUAAAAAACAGACACCAAAGCUUUUGUAUAGUCAUAGUAGACACCAGUAUGAAUGGAAAAAAAAAAAAGGAUUGCUUUGUGAGACCGACAAGCUGCAAGUUUUACAUAUUUCCAUUGGUCAUGUUUAUUGAGCAUUAUGCAUAAUGUGUGAGUUUUGUUUUGGUCACAUAUGCAGCAAUUCCUGUAUAUAUAUAUUUUUUUUUUUAAACAAAUAUUGUGUAGGUUGGUGCAGACCAUCUGUGUGUUUAACAAGUCCAAAUGGAACAAAGUAUAAUCUGUAACAAAAACGUUUAAUUUUUAAGGUAACUAGAAUUUUUUUGGCUGACAGGUGUAAGGACAUUGAUAUUGUUCAUCAUUAAUUACAUGUCAAUCUUAAUAUCCUGACAUUUGUGGCAUUAAACAUAAGCUGCUGAGUAACAAAAAAGAUACUUGAAAAGCUUUCCUUAUCAUGUUGACCAUGAUUGCUAUUGAAAGCUACUUGUAAAAAAAAAGCUCAAAAAUGACAAAAUGCAAAAAACUUCAUUGUAUGUGUGCUUCUGUAUACAACUUAAUUUCAUUUUUGCAUCACGUUAAGUGGCCUCAUUGCUUAUGGUAACAGGAAUGGAGAAUGAUGAAAAAAAGUUUUUGUAUCAACUAAAAAAAAGUAAUAAAAAUAUGCAAAUUUA